GGUCUGCUCUCAUUUCAUCAAACUUCCUCUUCAUCAUAUGAAUCCUUUCAAUAAAUUUUGUCUGAUAUUGUGCAUUUACAGAAUGAACAAAAUCCUAGCAAUCCUAGCCAUCAUUGGCGCAGCAGUCCUCGCCCAGCCGGAGUUCAACGACUUCCCAGCAGGAGCACGAGGUCCCGGAGGCAGAUGGGGAGGUGGCCUCGAAGGAAGACCGGGCCGUCGCCCACAUGGUCCUCCACCGCCACCGUUCCUCCGUGAUGUGAACGAAGUGGCCAGAAAUGAGUACUUCGCAAUUUUGAGGGACAUGAACAAGACCAUCAAUCAGCAAAAGCAGGAGAUCAACACAUGGGCUGAGAAAUAUGGAAUUUCAGACAAAGUCAAGGAGUUCGAGGCUAACAUGACUAGAUUCAAAGAAGAAAUCAAGAAAAACGUUACCGAACUUGUCUCUCAACUUCCUCAAGCUGUACAGAGAGUUUCCGAUAUUAUGGAUAACGAAGAUCAGACUCCUAGAGAAGUUUUCGAGAAUCUCAGAAAGCUCACCGAAGAGAACCCAAAUCUUUUCCGCCUUGCCAAAUUCGCAGCUGAUAUAUUCAUGAAACCCCGUGGUCCCCGUGGUGGUCCCCGUGGCGGUCCACGAGGACGUGGAGGACCAGGAGGACCACCACCGCCACCACCACCAUUCGGAGGACCGGAUGAUGACUUUGAAGGACCCGGAUUUGGUGGACAAGAAUUCGGACAGAACAAUGGCUUCGGUGGUCCAGGAGGCUUCAAUGGACAAAACAACCGUGGCUUGAAAGGCUUUCGGGUUUAAACAUUUGCCAUAUUGAUCGAUAUUAUCUCAGUAAUAAUGUAUUGUAUUUUUGUUCGUGAGUAAAAUGGGUUUUGGAAACCAUUUUGCUAACUUGCCGUUUUUAUUGGAAUGAAUUAUUUUAAAUGCUA